UCACGAUUAAGGRUGGUCAAUAUUCAAUAGUAAUGUAAAUUUUGUAUAGUCGUAUUUGUUUUAUUAUUUUAUUGUUGUUCUUAUACUGAGUUAUACCAUUUAUUUAAUUUUAUAUUUACGAUGUUUUUCACUAGCCCACCGCUACUCUACCUUUUGAUUUUAUGAAAACGAUCUGUAAUCACGGCUUUCUUCUUGUAGGUAUAAACUUGUAUAAAAAAAAUCAUCACCUGUAAAUCGCCAUACACCUAGCAAAAAAUGGAACCUUUAAUGCCAUCUGAAGUCGCUCGUUUAGUGUACGGUUAUCUUAAGAAAGAAAAAAACGAAGAAGCUGCAGAAUGCUUUUUAAAAACAUCACCUCAUUUGACUGAAUGUUUUCAGAUGUUUAAAGCUAAUAGAAACUUUAAUAUUAAAGUGAAUGGGUUUAAUUUACAUGACAUAUUCGAUAAUUUUGGAACCAUGUGUACCAUGAUUGCAGAGCGAAUACCUGAAACAUGUGAAUCUAAAACAUUACUUGAGAAACUACAGUAUUUGUUAGAUACAAACCAUGCAUCAAUGAAAGAAGAUCCAUUUGUUGAGAAAAAACUAAAUAUGGUUGAUAAAUGUGUUGGUAAUACAGUUAUUACUAAAGAUCAGAGUACACAUACAACAAUAAAAAUAGAAGCAAAUAAAAGUUUAUCGGAAGAAGCAUUAGAAAUCUCAUCGUUCACUGAGAUAAUUUCUAAUAAUGUUUCUAAAACAAAAGAAACUGACAYAUUUUGUGAUGAAACCACAAUUAUUGACGAAAAAAAUACCGUUUCUUCGCCCUGUUUAUCUUCAAUGACACAACAAUUAGAAAAUAAUAUAGGUACAAUGACAUUUUCCAAAUUUGAAGAAAAAGAAUCAAACAUAUUUCAAAUAAACAAUCAAAUUUCUAGUACUCCAGCAAAGAAAAAUGAAUUAACUAAAAUAAAUAUUGAUUCAAUACCAAAAUUUAGCCCAAAAAAUAUUCACAAUCUAAAUUCUGGUUUGUUAGUAGUUUCUGGUAGCAUUUUGAAACUAGUUGGAGAAGAUUAUUUUGCCAAAUCUGACUAUGUGAAAAUAGCUCCAAAAAUAACACCUAUGUUAAUGAAUCAUCAAGCUCCUGAAAAACAUAUAUUUCCAAAACGAAGAAGACAGUUGUUAGAAGCUCCUGGUAUAAGGAGUAAAUUUAGGAGAACAAAUAUAACUAGACAACUACCUGUUCAAACUCCUAAAUCAAUUAUAAUUGAAGUUCCUAAUCAAAAUUCAUUUGAAAUUCAAGAAAAAAAUCAUAUCGAGAUUAAUGAUAAUAUAAGAUUACCUGAAGUUCCAUCUAAAGUUAAUGAUGUGAUUCAUGAUACACCUGACGAUAGACUAAAACCUCCAAAAAAUAAAAGUAUGAGUACACCUCGUCGAAGAAGCACUCAUAUAAGAUGUUUAGAUUUUAGCACUCCUCAACCUAAAAAUAUUACUCGAAAUCAAACUCGUUCAAAACUUUUCUGUGAUACCCCAAAAAAACUUGAACAAUGUUUGGAAGAACCUUCAUCUAGUCCUUUACCUAAACUUCAAGCUGAUUGGGGUUCAGUUAAUGGAUUUGAGUCAAUGAUAAAAAAAGAGAUUAUUAAACACUGGGAUACAGAUAUUAGAGAAAUGGUAGGGGCUGGAAUUCUAACAUCAGAUGCUGAUGGUAGAAAAACAAAAAAAAAGAAAACGCCAAGAAAAAAAAUCAAACCAGUCAAUGUUCAAAAUGAAUCUGUUACACAUGAAGAACAAAAGAAAUCUAGUAAUAUUUCAAUCACUACAAAUGAAUUACAUAAAUUGAUAGGGCUUAGUAGAUAUUCGAAUGAUGCUUCAACCACAGUUUAUAAAUUCAAAAAAGAAAAAGAAAUCAAAACUUUAGAACCAGCGAUUAAGAUUUCUAAACUUAAUAAAAGUGAUUCUGAUAUUAUUUAUCCAGAAAUGUAUAAUCUAGACAAAUCUAGAAAGAAUAUAUCAACAAGUAAUUUUUGUAAUGGAAAAAAAUCUAUUGAAAUGAACAAUGAAAAAAUUAAAUUAUCUGAGAAUUGUACAACAGACUUAAAUAAAGUGUCCAACAAAAAGGAAAAUAAUACAGUUCAUGAUAAAUCUAUUCUACCAUUGGAGUCUUCACAAACUAUGUCUAUGGAUAGUAAUAUUUAUAAUUCAAAUUGUAUUUCUGAAAAUAAAAUUAACACCAGUCUUGAUAGAUCUGAAUCGCCUAAUAUCAAUAGCAUUAUUAAUAAUACUUCCUGUGUUACUGUUAUACAUGAUGGUAAAUUAGAUGUUCGGUUAAACGAAGAUUGUAAUUCACUUAAUAAUAUGGAAUAUUUAAAAAAGGAAAAAGUAUAUGAAGUCAUUAAUGAAGAUGGUGGACAUCAACCCAACAAGAUGGUGUAUUUAAAUGUAUCAGAAUCAUUCACUUUUCUUGAUAUACCCUCAGAAUUAAAAAAUAUACAGACAUCCAAUGCGAUUGUAUCACCAUCAAAAACAACAAACAAAAUGUUAGACGUUACUCCCAAAAUAGAAAGCAGUGAACUAGAGAAUGCCGAAAUACUUAUACCAGUGACUAGCACUCCUAAAGACCAUGUUGAAUUGAAAAAUGUAAAAGAUGAUAGAUCCAGAAGAAGCCCCUCUUUUUGGGAUGACUCUGUUCAGAAUUAUCCAAUAAAACAUAGAGAAGACAGACAUUGGGAAACAAAUCGUCGGCAAAAUAAAAUCCAUCAUAAAUAUGACCAAAAAUACUGGCCAAGUAAAUUUAGAUGCCAUGAUGAACGAACACAAUUUGAUAGUCGGUACUAUUCUCAAAGAAGUCAUCAUCAUAAUGUAAAAAGAGAGUUUAGGGAUGAUUCAAUAAAAGAUAAAUAUAGAUCUAAGUACAAAGAAGAAAAAAGAUGGUCCUAUCAUGAUCAUAGUAAAGGAAGAAAUUGGCUAGAAGAAAAUGAACGAUUUUCAAUUUCACAAAGAACGUCACAAAAUGAAUUCCAAAAGUUAAAUAGAUCAGAAGAUAUUGUUAAGAAAGCUACUAAAAGGCCUGCAGAUCGAACAUCAUAUAAUAAGACUCCAGCUAAGGUCUCCAAAGUUGAACAUCAACGAUUGUUGAAGAAUGUAGACGUUGAUGAUUUUUUGUCUGUUGUACACGGUCAAAAAUAAAAAUUUAUAAAUUUAUAAUUUAAUUAUUGUAUACUUAUUAGAUGAAUGUUAUA